AUGACCUUCCUAAAGAGGGUAAAUGUGGGUGGCAAGAGCCGGUGUUAUCGCCAAGGUAUGAACGGAGACGUGGGUUUAGGAGUAUCUCUUCGGCCGGUCUUACUUGGCGACCAGGCGGAGCUACCAAGAUCUGCAUACAUGACGUGGGCCCGGCGUGGUGAUGAAAUUCCAGAACGAGCAUGCUUUCCAGGCCAUCCUGGACUACGACUAGCGCCUGCACCUCGAGAGCUGACGGAUUUAGUCAACUUAGCAUACAGAUUUCCAGCGAAUGGUGUGUGUGAAGGACCGGGCACGCCUGUCAUGCGCAAGGGUCUAGAUGGAAGCGGAGCCCGUGAUAAGGGAGCUGAGCAGGCUAUUCAGUGGCGCCGUGGCGGAGCGUUGGGCUACAUGGUAUGGACUAAGCGUGAUCAACACGGAGAGGCCCGAUGCAACGCGAGACGGCAAGGCAAGUCAUCAAUUGACGACUCAGGACGCCAGGGGAGCACGCACGCGCGCCAGUAUGAGCAAUCUGAGAUCAGCCUGAUUGGCGAACUGCUCAGGUGUAGUGGGUUGCUAUGGAUCUCGGGGAUCUACAUCAGGCCCAUACGCACUAAGAAGGGGGAGGGGUCUGGCCAGCCUCGCUGGGCUGGUUCCACCGUGGCUGCAGAUUGCGGAAUUGGAGGUGGAGUGAAGCUAUACCAAGACACCUUGAGGGAGCUCUCCCAUGGGAGAAUCGCCAACCACAACUCCACAGCCAAUGAGCACCUGAUCGGCAACUGUGCUGAAGAGCUAACCUCACUAGUAGCAGUUAAUCAACCCCCGAAAAAUCAAAUUCGAUAG